UUUGAAAUAGGUAAAAGGUUUUCAAUUGCAUCCCCUGGCAAGAAGAUCACUGGGUUUCAUGGAUAUGCCGGGAAGAACUUAAAUUCUCUCGGAGCAUAUUUCCAAACACUUCCUAUUACUAAACUAGAAAUACAAGGAAAUGGUUCAAAUUUUAAUUGGGAUGAUGGUGCUUACAAUGGCGUAAGAAAGGUUUACGUUUAUCAUGAUAGCAAUUUUGUAAAUUCUAUUGCGUUCGAUUACGAAAAUGGCGGAAGACUGGUAACACGUAAGCACGGGACAGAUAAUGGAAAAGUUAAUCAAGAAAAAGAGUUUGUCGUCAACUUUCCAAAUGAGUAUAUCACAUCUGUGGGAGGGACUUUUGUAGAUCGAGGAGGGAUUACAUCGCUGACAUUCAAAACAUCCAAAGGGAGAAUUUCUCCCACAUAUGGAACCCUCUCGAAUGGAAGUCAUACCAAACUCGUGCUCGAGAACAAUGGUUGCGCUCUUGUUGGCUUCUAUGGAUUAUCUUAUGGUUUAAUUAGUAGUCUUGGAGCAUAUUUUUCUCCGACACCUCCACCUCCCGCUGGAGAGAAACUAGAAGCACUAGGUGGCAGUACUGGUGGUGAUGGAGGUGCUUCAUGGGACGAUGGGAGUAAUUUUGAUGGUGUUAGAAAGAUAUAUAUAGGAAAAGGCGAGGUUUCUAUUGCAUUCGUCAAGUUUAUGUAUAACAAGGACACCGCGGUGGUGAUUGGAGCUGAUCAUGGUAGCAACACACUACAUGGAGUUGAAGAGUUUGAGCUGGACUAUCCAAGUGAAUACAUCACAACAGUGGAGGGAAAUUAUGAUAUAGUACAUGGAAGUGAUGACCUUAAUGUU